UUGGCUCUCGAUCUUAGUGGGCUCUUGGAGCUGGAUGAGCCAAAUGAAGAUGAGCUGACUAGCGUGAGCAACACAAAGUUGCUGAAGAUUGCUAUGAUAGAUGAUGAAGAUGAAGCUGCCGCCGAGGUUGGUUGCAGAUUUCAUGUUAUACAGAAACUUGGAGAAGGAACCUACGGAAAGGUUUACAAAGCAACGUGCAAAGGGACACUGCAGGUGUUUGCAUUGAAGAGGAUUCCAAUUGUCAUGGAUGAAGAUGGUGUACCAGCUACCGCCAUACGAGAGGUGUCACUGCUGAAGGAAUGCCACCAUCCAAACGUGAUCAGGCUCUAUGAAGUGCUUUCUCUUGAGCGUGCAUUGUACCUUGUCUUUGAGUACGUGGACAUGGAUUUGCGGAUCUUCUUGAAAAGGAAUGGUGCGUUCAAGAAUCUGGUGGCCUUGAAGAACGCGGCCUGGCAGUGCAUCAGGGGGACUGAGUUCUGCCAUGGACGUCUGAUCUUACACAGAGACUUGAAGCCACAGAACGUUCUGGUGGAUUCAACUGGCCGAAACCUAAAGCUUGCGGACUUUGGCCUUGCUCGGCUUUUCUCGGUUCCUUUGCGAGCUUACACUCAUGAGGUGGUGACGCUUUGGUACAGAGCACCAGAGAUCCUUCUGGGGCACAGAAAGUAUGCAACACCAACCGACAUUUGGUCCUUGGGCUGCAUUGUUGCAGAGAUGGCUACUGCGGAGGUCCUUUUUCCCGGAGAUAGCCAAAUAGACACGAUCUUCAAGAUCUUCCGCCGUUUGGGGACACCCUCUGAUGAGGUUUGGCCCGGCUUCAGCACACUACGCAAUUUUUCUCAGGAGUUUCCAAAGUGGAGCAAUACGGAACUAGUCGAUGUGCGAUGCAAAGCACCUGCGCUUGGGCCUAGAGGUGUGGACAUGAUCAAUGCGUGCCUCAGGUUCAAUCCGAUAGAUCGACCUUCUGCUAAGCAGCUGUUGCAGCACAAAUUCUUCGCUGCAGGUGAAGAGGGGAGAAGUGGCUCAGCUGGAUUGCAUCGAAUGCCAGAAGAGGUGAUCGCAAAGAGCUUGAUCCAGAAAAUGCAACGAAACCCUUGCGAAGGCCAGCAAGCGUGUCGGAACUUCCAUUCCUGGUUGAAGACGCCGCCCGGCAGACUGCAUAUCAUUGAAAUGACGCCAGCGAUGCUGCAAGCGACAACAUAUGCAGGAGAUCCGCUGAGACGCUGCUUCAUCAAGGACAAGCUGGGUUAGCGGAAGCAGAGCCUGUCAUCCACCGGGACAGCAGGCAAUUGUCAAGGGGGACAAUGUCUGCUGGAUAGAUGGCGAGCUUGGUUAAGAAAGACGUUUCACCUGGGGUUUCGAUCGGCUCGAUCGAUGAACUAGUGCGGUUCUAUCCCGCAACGACUCCGUUCUAUGGGAAAAAACA